CCCCGCCCCGCUCUGUUGCCGUGGCUCCGCAGGUGAAAGGUCCCCCGGUUGUUGGGGGCAAAGGUCAAGGUGUUGGCGGCAGCGUCUCCGGAUCCCUACCAGCCGAAAGAAAGUAUUGAGUGGUGGAAUACAACUUGCUGAGGAUUAAAACAAAAAAACUAUGCAACUUCAGUUAAUUUCAUAUCUCAUGGUCUGUGGACUGACUCUUGUGUUUGCUGAAGACAUUGAGGAUUCAGAAUUUCAAGAUGAAGAAUCUCCUCAUUCAAACCAGAUUGUUUAUAGGCCACCAAAGCCUGCUGGUGAUGUCUACUUUGUGGCCUCUUUUGACGCAGAUGGUCUUGAAGGGUGGGUGAGGUCUGAAGCAAAAAAGGAUGACACUAAUGAGAGCAGAUAUAAUGGAAUAUGGGCUGUAGAAGAAUCUUAUGAUCAGAAAAUGCCAGGAAACCAAGGACUAGUGUUGAAGUCCCAGGCCAAACAUCACGCCAUUGCUGCCUACUUCCAGAGACCCUUCCAUUUCAAAGACCUGCCCCUCAUUGUGCAGUGA